CAGGUGUUGCCAGCACUCGACACUCACCUGUCUGACCAAGAACAAGUCAUCACCAUGCGAGCAUUUAUCAUCAUCGGUGUUGUGGUGCUGGCUACAUUCCAUCUCGCCUUCGCAUCGCAGGAUGGCGGAGAUCAGGAGCCGAUGGAAGACGACCAAGGCGAACGACUCUUCGUGAGGAGAAAUGGUGUCGCUUUGUUUUGUGCUCGGUUGAACCCCUGGCUAGUAUCCACAGGAGCCAGCAUCAUGAGCUCAGCAGUUGCCAAUAACCUGACGGACGCUCAAGUUUACGUUAGUCUGUACUACGCCUUGUGCAACUACGGCAGGGAAUUGCAAGAAGAGGUGAACGUGGAUAGAACAUUCUGGCUGUUGAACCCCGUCAAUAUAAUGUGUAGACGAUUGAAUACCUUCUUGACAACGACAGGAGCCACGAUCAUGCAGGGAGCAGUUUUGCCUAACUACACAGCAUCACAAGUCCUGAUCAGUUCCUUCAGGUCUGUCUGCAGGAUCACCAGACUUAGCCUCGAUGACCAAGCACCUGCUGAGGAUCCUGAUGUUGCCAUCUUUUAAACCAUCACUGAUGAAUCUACACACACAGGUUGAGAGGUGCCUGCCACUGUGGAAGGAACUGCACCCACCUACGCUAAAACGCACAUCUGAACACUGAAACACCCACCUGAACUCCAAUUUAGCUAAAUUUCCACCCGUCGAAUACAAAAGUUUUACACCUUAAUUCCAGAAUUCCAGAUUUACGCCAGGAAAGUUUGUCAUUAAUGUCUUCAACUUAGUCACUGGAAUCGUCUUCUUCACCAGCUAGAGUUUUGAUUUUUAACAAUAUCUAGUUUGAGAACUGGAAACGUCUGGAUUCUGUGUGGAACCCAUUUAUAAUCUCCAGACCUAGAAGGACCGCUGCCUUCUAAACUAUGACUAUCUACCAUCUUCAUUUUACCUAUAAUCUAGACUCCAGCCAUCGUAAUUGUGAGUUCAAAUCAAUUAAUUGUUAUAUAUAUAUAUAUAUAUAUAUAUAUAUAUAUAUAUAUAUAUAUAUAUAUAUAUAUAUAUAUAUAUAUAUAUA